UGGUAACCUAUAGGCUUGAUUAUUAUGCAGUCAGCUAGACUCUGUAAUAGAGACAUCAGAAGGGAACAGAGAGGGGGGCUUGUCGAUACGGAUCAUUCAGUCUUGUUCAGUCCCUUUCAAUCUCCAAGCAUUCUGCUAAGGACCAGCUCAGAUCGGAGGUGACAGGUGAUCAGCUGGUCUGUCUGUCUGUCUGUGUCGGACGCCAGUAGUGGAUGAUCUCAGGCAGGCUUUUAUUCCCACGGCGGUGAGGCUGGACGGAUAAAUGCACCAUGGCGCUGGAACCGGACGGGAACAAGCUGCUGCUGCAAGACGUACUGGCAAGACCCGGCAACGAUACAUGCGCGGACUGCGGCAAUCCAGAGCCGGAUUGGGCGUCGCUGACUUUGGGUGUGUUUGUUUGCCAGGCCUGUUCGCUCCUUCACCGGAACAUCCCUGACAUCAGCCGGGUCAAGUCUGUCCAGGACACGUGGGAUGCCAGUGAGGUGGAGUUAAUUGCUGAAUUGGGCAACAAUGCAGCCAAGGCUAAAUAUGAGCAGAAGGUUCCUGCUUUUUACUACAGACCAACACACACUGACUGCAAGCUGCUGAGGGAGCAAUGGAUCAGAGCCAAGUAUGAAAGAAAUGAGUUUGAGUUUAUUGAGAAGCAGGAGCCUUACUCUGCAGGGUACCGAGAGGGGUUUCUAUGGAAACGGGGAAGAGACAAUGGUCAGUUCCUGAGUCGAAAGUUUGUCUUGUCAGAGAGGGAAGGAGCGCUCAAAUACUUCAACAAGCAGGAUGCCAGGGAUCCCAAGGCUAUAAUGAAAAUUGAAACCCUCAACGCCACCUUCCAGCCAGCCAAGAUUGGUAAUCCCUGUGGCCUGCAGAUCACCUACUUGAAAGACAACAGCACAAGGAAUAUCUUUGUCUACCACAGUGAUGCUAAGGAGAUGGUCGACUGGUUCAACGCUAUCAGAGCGGCGAGGUUCCACUACCUGCAGGUGGCCUUCCCCGGAGCAAGUGAUGAAGAGCUGGUGCCAAAACUGACCCGAAACUUUAUGAAAGAAGGCUUCAUGGAGAAAACUGGUCCAAAGCACACAGAGGGCUUCAAAAAGAGGUGGUUCACCAUGGACGACAGGCGGCUCAUGUAUUUCAAAGACCCUCUGGAUGCCUACGCUCGAGGUGAGGUGUUUAUCGGCAGCAAAGAGAAUAGCUACACCGUCCUGUCUGGCCUGCCUCUGUCCACACAAGGCUACCACUGGAACCAUGGCAUCACCAUUGUCACACCAGACAGGAAGUUCCUCUUCGCCUGCGAGACUGAGGCUGAGCAACGGGAUUGGAUAGCUGCCUUCCAGAGAGUCAUCAACAGGCCAAUGCACCCACAAGAAUAUGCAGUGGAGGCCCACUUUAAACACAAGCCUUGAAGACUGCUGGAAGUCAAAACUCAAGCAGACCGACCCGGUGUCAUUCAAAUCCGAGACAGCCCCUGCAGCGUGUGACAACCGACCACGAUGGGGUGGGGUUGGGGGUCAGGAAAGGUUUUGGAACAGGAAAGAUGAGAAAACCACAGAGGGACUCCAAUCUAUCUGUGUGUGUAGAAGACUCUAAGGGUUCUCGUGGUGAGAUCCGAGAACAAAGGGUAGAUGAUGUCAUCCCUAUUGGGCCUACCAACCUUGUGCUGUACAUUAUCAUACCCGACCCCCUCCUCUCCCCUGCAACAAGCUCCUCUCUACCCUGAAUUUUGUCUUGUGAAUGGUUCAUUCUGCCUGUAAUCUAAUGUAAUUAUGUAAUCUAGAGUCAUUUCACUGGUUGCUUAACAAAGACAGUGCAUUGUUAAUUUAUUGAAUGUACAGUUUUGAUGACAGUGGCUUACUGUGCGUGUGGAAUUGUGAUGUUUUCAUUGAGGAUGCUGUGAGGUCACCAAAACCCUGGUAAACCUGAAUCUACAAAGUGCUGUUAACAACAAAUAUACAUCCAAAACUCGCACACAAACUCUCAGUGAACACCGCCGCUUGUUAACACAGCCGGAGCAGGCUGACCUGCAUCCAGGCAGGGUUCUUUUAAAACCUCAAUCUGACAGCUGUUCUCUUAUUUAUUUGUACUGUCUAUCAUACCAAGUCAUCGUAGACGUAAUUAUUGCUGCUUUCAAGGAUUGUAAAGUGACAGGAUUGUAACUGAUAGACCACUUCUACCACUGUUUAAUUUCCUUGCAUCUUUUUUUAAAGACACAUUGUUGUUUUGAUCCUUACAAUCAUAGUGAGAGUUUAUUUCAUUAUGAAAAUCCUAACAUCAAUACAGAUGAGCCUGGAUUAUC